AUGCCGGCGGCGGAGGCGAAGGCGGUGGUGGUCCCGGAGUCUGUGCUGCGCAAGCGCAAGCGGGAGGAGCAGUGGGCAGCGGACAAGAAGGAGAAGGCGCUCGCAGACAGGAAGAAGGCGCUCGAGAGCCGCAAGAUCAUCUUCGCCCGCGCCAAGCAGUACGCCCAGGAGUACGACGCCCAGGAGAAGGAGCUUGUGCAGCUCAAGCGUGAGGCCCGGCUAAAGGGUGGGUUCUAUGUGAGCCCAGAGGCCAAGCUUCUGUUUGUGGUCCGCAUCCGUGGUAUCAAUGCCAUGCACCCCAAGACCCGCAAGAUCUUGCAGCUCCUUCGUUUGAGGCAGAUCUUCAAUGGUGUCUUCCUCAAGGUUAACAAGGCAACCAUUAACAUGCUCCGCAGGGUGGAGCCAUAUGUUGCGUAUGGAUACCCAAAUCUGAAGAGUGUUAGAGAAUUGAUCUACAAAAGAGGUUAUGGGAAGCUUAACAAGCAGAGGAUUCCACUUAGCAACAACAAUGUCAUCGAGGAGGGCCUCGGGAAGCACAAUAUCAUCUGCAUUGAGGACCUUGUCCACGAGAUCAUGACGGUUGGCCCACACUUCAAGGAGGCCAACAACUUCCUCUGGCCAUUCAAGCUGAAGGCGCCCCUCGGUGGCCUCAAGAAGAAGAGGAACCACUAUGUGGAGGGUGGUGAUGCUGGCAACCGUGAGAACUACAUCAAUGAGCUCAUCAAGAGGAUGAACUAG